AUGGCUGCGGCUCGGAUCGUGAAAGUGGCCGCGGUUCAGGCGGCGCCAGUCUCCUUCGACCUCGAAAAAAGUCUAGAAAAACUAACAAAAAUAGUCGGUGAAGCAGCUGGAGCCGGAGCGGACCUUAUCGUGUUUCCUGAGGCUUUCUUAUCCGCGUAUCCAUGGCUAUAUGCCUUUGAUGCCACGAUUGGCGCUCGGGAGCAGCGUGGAAGAGAGUGGUACGCAAAGUACUACCAUUCAGCUGUUGCUGUGCCUUCCCCGGCCGUUGACACGAUAUCGAAAGCGGCAAAAGCCCACAAGGUCUAUAUCCAGGUCGGCAUCAUUGAGAAAGACGGGGGCACGCUAUACUGUACUGCUUUGUUGGUUGGCCGAGAUGGGUCGGUGCUAUUGAAGCAUCGUAAGUUGAUACCUACUGCUGCAGAGCGUCUGGUGUGGGGACGAGGUGCAGGUGAUGGUCUUGAAGUUGUACAGACUGAUAUUGGCAAAAUUGGCACGCUGAUAUGUUGGGAGAAUUACAUGCCCGCAGCGCGGUUGGCUCUCUAUCAGCAAGGCGUCGAAAUCUACAUCGCGCCUAACGCGGAUGAUCUACCAUCGUGGAUCGCAUCUAUGCAGCAUAUCGCUAAAGAAGGACGCUGCUUCGUUGUCUCAGUAAAUUCGGUGGUUAAAGUUUCGGACUUUCCACAAGACUAUCCACCGUUUACUGCUGAGCACCAUGGCACGAAGCCAGACGGUUCAAAAUGGGAGCCUGAAGAUAUUGUGAAUCACGGCGGAUCCUUUAUCGUAGGACCUCUAGGAAUUCCCGUAACCGAGCCGGUAUGGGAUAAAGAAGAGAUUAUCUACGCCGAUUUGAAGAUGCCGGAAAUAACAGAGUCAAGGCUUGACUUCGAUCCGGUUGGCAGCUAUGCCCGUCCAGAUGUGUUCACCUUGACCGUGAAUACAAAACCCGGAACCAACGUGAGCUUUAUCAAAUAA